AUGGUCAAAAAGGGAGUGGCAAGCCGCUACUUGGAGACGCUGGGGGGGGCCGAGGCGCCUCCACAACCGCUACGACCGCGGUCCAACGCCCGAAUCAACUCGGGCACGCUGAGGAACCAAAAGAUUCUAAAGUCGUCGUCGACCAGCCAUUUCCGCAACCUCGCCAACAACGACAUUGAAAACCUGCGUCUGCCGGGCGUGACGGUGGACCAGGAAGACGUGAUUGGUCUGCAGGGCCGGGUACGGUUGAUGAAGCUGGAGGACGAGAAACACAACUGGAUGGACAUGCAGCGAAAAAACCUGGCUGCCUAUGAGUAUUUGUGCUAUGUGGGGGCGUGCAAAGAAUGGAUUGAAGAAGUCACCCAGAUGACUCUUCCUCCCGUUGUCCAACUCGAAGACUACCUUCGUAACGGUAUUGCGCUCGCCAAAGUGACCCAGGCUGUCGCUCCACACCUUGUCAAACGAAUCUACGAGGGACCCGGCCUUCAAUUUCGACACUCGGAAAACAUCAACUACUUUUUCGCCCUGGUUUCCGAGCUCGGCAUGCCCGAUCUCUUCACUUUCGAACUCACCGAUCUCUACGAGAAAAAGAACAUCCCUCGAGUCAUCUACACAAUUCACGCCAUUGCCUACGCCCUCUACGUCGAGGGUGUGGCUCCUCCCAUGAGCAACCUCGUGGGUAAGCUGGAGUUCUCAGACGAAGAGCUCGCCCGAACACAACGUGGCCUCGACAAUCUCGGUGUCCGCAUGCCCAAUUUCUCGUCCAUGAACAAGGAGCUCGGCAUGGAGGAACAGACUCCCGAGCCGGAGCACGUGGAACCCGAGGAGAGCGAGGAGGAAAUCAUGGUCCGAGAAUUGUGCGAGGCCAACGACAAUAUUGAGGAACUACAGUCUCUGUGCUUUGGUUACCUCGCCAGAAGGGAGUUCAACGAUACCAAAAGACAGCUCAAGGAGGCUGAACAGUCCAUUAUUGCUCUCCAAUCUCUGAUCAGAGCUCUGGGACCCCGACAAACCUUUGUGGUUCAACAGGGAGCGGUCUCAAGAUCUUCCUCCGACGUCACUAAGGUCCAGGCUCUUCUGAGAGGUUAUUUGUCGAGAAAGCAGUUCCAAAAGACACUCGAUCGACUCUCCUUUGCCGAGUCUCAGAUUGUCACCCUUCAGUCUGUUGCUAGGGGCAACAAGGUGCGUGCAGGCGUCGUUCGACAGACGUCGUCACGUGAUUUGGGCGACGUGACCACUCUUCAAUCUAUCAUUCGAGGUUCUGUUGUCAGAAGAGCUAUUUUGAAGACCAAGGCUGAGUUGGGCAACUGUUGUGACGCUAUUUCUGAGCUUCAGGCGAUUUCCAGAGGAAAUUCGGUUCGAGAGGAGCUUGACAACAUCGCUCGAGCUCUACAAUCCGAGUCCCAUGCAAUCACAACCCUCCAGAGCGUCAUUAGAGGCUCUCAAGUCCGGUCUUCCACCAUUUCCACCUCCAAUCACAUGCUGGACAUGUCUUCUGGAGUGAUUGAAUUGCAGUCGUUGAUCAGAGGAUGGAUGGUGAGACAGGAGGUCGGUGCCAAGAGGGCUGCUUUGAGAGCUAUCUCUGAGGACGUUUGCGAGCUGCAGUGCGCUGCUCGAGGAGGAUUGGUCCGAAACGUAAUCAACGAGAAGAUGGCUGUGUUGAACGGUCAACAUGGAGCUGUUCUGACUCUCCAGAGCGCGGUACGUGCUGGAAUUGUUCGAAACCAGCUUGCUCGGUUCCAUGAGCGGCUGGAUAGAGCUUCUUCUUCCGUCACCAAGCUGCAGACGGUCAUUUGGGGUGUUCUUGCCCGUUUCGAUUACUCUCUCAUGAUCGAAGAGUUCCUUGACGAGGAGCCCAGUAUCAUUAUGCUGCAGGCCGCAUGUCGAGCAGCACUUGUUCGAACCAAACACAAUGAUCGAAUGGCUCAUUUCCACCGAAACAUGGACAAGGUGAUCAAGAUCCAGUCGUACUUGCGAGCCCGAACCCAGGGAGAUGCCUACAAGUCGCUGGUUUCUUCUCCAGACCCUCCUCUGUCGACUGUCAAGAAGUUUGUGCAUCUUCUAAACGACUCUGACUUUGAUUUCGAGGAGGAAGUGACUUUAGAGAAGCAGCGAAAGCAGGUGUCCGACGAGGUACAUAAGAAUGAGCAGCUGGAGCAGUUCAUUCAGAACCUGGACGUUAAGAUUGCACUGCUUGUGAAGAACAAGAUCACCUUGGAUGAGCUCAUUCGAACUCGAAAUAAGGGUGUUGCGGUUCCUCAGAUUGACAAUGGCGACGUUUUCAACCUCAAGGCACUCAACAAAACCUCAAGGCACCGUCUUGAGCUCUACCAGGGUUUCUUUUACCUUCUUCAGACACGGCCAACUUACUUGACCCGGUUGUUUGGUCGAAUCUCCUCCACUCCAGAAAAGGACAUGAAGAACGUGGAGACGCUGACCAUGAACAUUUUUGCACAUGCUCAGAGACGCCGAGAAGAGUUUUUUCUGUUGAAGCUGAUUUCGCGAUCGGCGGCAGCUCACAUUUCCACGUUGGACGCGUCCAAGAACAUGGUCCGAGACAAGCACAUGUGGCAGCGUCUGUUUGCGGCACUCAACCGAGGAGCUGCUCCCAAGAAGCUGCUCAAGUCUCUUCUCGGCCCUCACGUAAGCACCGUUGUUGACCAGCACAUGCUGGACCUCGAGAGCGACCCCAUUGCCAUCUACCGAUCUUUGAUCAACCAGGAGGAGCUAGCCAGUGGCCGAACUUCUGCACGUGACCCCAACCUACCUGUAGAUGAGGCUAUCCAGGACCCCGAGACUCGACAGACGUUCAUUGCCAACCUGCAGCGUCUUCGAGAGCUCACCUCCGAGUUUUUGCAUACCAUCGAAUCAUCUGUUCUUCAACUGCCCUACCAUGUGCGAUACGUUGCCCGAGAGUGUUACCGAUCUGUGCAGAAGACGUUCCCCCACGAGUCUGAGGAUCGCCACCUGGCCGUGAUUGGAGUCGUUCUUGUCUCUCUGUUUGUCAUUCCUCCCAUUGUUGCUCCUGACGACUAUGGAGUGUGUGAGUCUGCCAUUGGACCUGCUCAGCGACGAAACCUCGGCGAGGUGGCCAAGAUGCUGGCCCAGAUUGCGUCUCUUCGGCUUUUCUCACGGGAGAACGUCUACCUCCAGCCUCUCAACGAUUACAUCAAGCAGACCCAGCCUCGAGUUCGGGCCAUGCUCAAACUUGUUGUUGACGUCUGUGACCCGGAGCAGUACUAUGAGACUUCCACGACUGACGAUGUGACGGCCACCAAGCGUCCUACUUUGUUCCUGCGAACCAACGACAUUUUUGUCAUUCACAAUCUCAUCUGCAGAGAAAUCGAGACCGUGGCUCCUGAUGCCAAGGAUCCUCUUCGAGAGGUGGUCACCGAUAUGGGAGCUCUGCCGUCUUCAGCUACCGAGGUGCUCAACAUGGCUCGAUUCACCGAAGUCAAGCUGGAUCUGAACCCCAUUUUCGCCAAGGGAGACGACUCUGAAUCGGCCUACAAUACCAUGCUGGUCGAAACGAAACGGUACCUGUUGUACGUGAUUCGAGUCCAGACCGGUGCCUCUCUUCUGGAUAUUCUGCUGGCUCCUGUCAACCAGUCUCAUGAGGACAAAUACAGAGCCAUUCUGACCGAGGAGGCUAUUGAGAGACGAAAGCGGGAAUCUGAAGAGCAGAUGACCAAGAGCACAUCUUCGUCGCAGUCGUCGCGGUCGCUCCACCGACUCUGUAACUCGCCCUCGGAGCACCAGUUCUCCCAGAUGACCUACAGAGACCUCAAGCUGCUGUCUCUGGAGAAGGUGAUUGAGCUGGAGACUCUUGGGAAGAUUUCCCGAGCCAACAACUACCAGGAGAUUGUCAACUCCAUUGCGCAGGAUAUCAAGACGAAGAAGAACCGACGUCUUGCUCGACAUGCGGAGCUGGAUUCUAUUGCUCUAACUCUCCAGGGCCUGUCGGAGAAGGAAGCCUACCUGCAGUUGCAGCUCAAGAACUACAAUGACUACAUCGAGCAGGCCAUGGCGACUCUUCAGACCAAGAAGGGCAAGCGAAAGGGUCUUGUUCUGCCCUUUACCAAGCAGUACUUCCAUCAGAGAGAGCUGCAAAAGUCUGGCAAGGUGCCCAAGUUUGGCUCUUUUGUCUACUCUGCUCAGGCUCUGAUGCAGAAGGGAAUUCUUGUGGAGCUCAACGGAUACCAGGACAAGGCCCAGGACAAGGUCAUGUUCACCUUUUCGUCCGACGAGGUUGGAGUUUUUACAGUGGAGGCUGCCUACGGCGGCAUUGCUCUUCCUGGAGCCACCACCACUCUGACUCUCGACGAUCUGCUGUCACAGCAGUACAACAACCAGCAGCUGGUCAACCUGUUUGACGACAUGGUCAAGAUGAACACCAACUUGCUGCUUCAUUUCAUUUUCAGAAAGUUUUACCGCGACAACUAG